AUGGCCGGCCAAUUCUCCAGCUGCGUCGAGUACGGCCUCGCGAUCUCCAAGCGGAUACUCUACGGAAAGGAGUCGGUUCCGGCUCCGCCGGCGAUGUCGAGGUCGUCGUCCCACUCGUCCCAGUCGAGGCCGUCGCCGGAGCAAGGCUACUUGCCGGAGUCUCCGAUGGUGUACGCGGCCGUUUCCGACCCGGCGAUCGUCGACAAUCCGGACAUUCCGAGCUACCAGCCCUACGUCUACGGCCGCUGCGAGCCGCCGGCGCUGAUACCUCUGCAUAUGCACGGCGUGGCUUUGGAGGUUGAGAGCUAUCUGGAAACUGCGUUCGUAACGGUGACCGGAAAUUGGCGCGUGCAUUGUAUCUCCACGGGGAAGAGCUGCGAUUGCCGCGUGGCGGUGCCGAUGGGGGAGCAGGGUUCACUUCUAGGUGUAGAGGUUGAUGUCACCGGAAGUUCGUACCGGAGUCAACUGAUCACCACAGAAGGCGCACCGGAUAGUCGGAAAGUAGCCAAAGAGGGAUACUUUCUUAAACGUCACAUAUACACCUUAAAAGUGCCACAGGUUGAAGGGGGCUCGUUUAUUUCUUUGAAAAUCAGAUGGUCUCAGAAAUUGUUAUAUCAUGAUGGCAAGUUCUGCCUCAGUGUGCCUUUUAAUUUUCCAGCAUAUGUUAAUCCCCUUGGGAAUAAGAAUACCAAAGGAGAGAAUAUUUCGUUGAGCGUGAAUAUGGGUGCCGAUGCAGAAGUUUUGUGCCAAAUUACAAGCCAUCCUCUUAAGGUGGUGAGGCGCCAUAGCGGUAAAUUGAGCUUGUCAUAUGAAGCACAGGUAGCAGCAUGGUCAAGUGCAGACUUCAGCUUUUCAUAUAUUGUUAAAACGAAGGACGUGUAUGGUGGCGUGUUCUUGCAAUCUCCAACUCUUCGUGAUUUUGAUGACAGAGAGAUGUUUUGCUUCUAUCUGAUCCCUGGGAAUAGCCAUACUUGGAAGGUUUUCAAAAAGGAAGUUAUAUUUAUCAUUGAUAUAAGUGGAAGUAUGGUGGGUGGCCCUCUUGAGAAUGCAAAGAGUGCAGUAUUGGCAUCACUUUCUAAUCUCAACCACGAAGAUACCUUUAACAUAAUUGCUUUCAAUGGAGAGGUUCACUUGUUCUCAUCAUCAAUGGAGCUAGCAACAAAUGAAGCAUUGCUGAAAGCUAAGAACUGGGUCACCGCUGAACUUAUUGCAGAUGGUGGUACAAAUAUUUUGCUUCCCCUUAGACAGGCUAUGAAGUUGUUGGCCAAAACUGCUGAUGCAAUUCCUUUCAUUUUCCUCAUUACUGAUGGUGCUGUCGAAGAUGAAAGAGAGAUUUGCAAUAUGAUGAAAGGAUAUCUGACAAGUGAGGGCUCAACAUGUCCUCGAAUAUCUACUUUUGGCAUAGGUUUGUAUUGUAAUCAUUACUUCCUGCAAAUGCUAGCACAAAUCGGCAGGGGCUAUUAUGAUGCUGCUUAUAAUGGAGAGUCAAUUGACUGUAGAGUGCAAAGGCUAUUCACAAGGGCAUCAUCAGUGACUCUUGCCAAUAUAACCGUGGAUGCUUUUGAACAUCUCGAUUCACUUGAGCUGUUUCCAUCUCAUAUGCUGGAUCUUUCAUCUGGGAGUCCAUUGAUAAUAUCUGGCAGAUAUGAGGGACGCUUUCCUCCCUCCAUUAAAGUUAGUGGUACCUUGGCUGAUAUGAGCAACUUCGCCACAGACUUGAAAGUGCAAAGAUCUAAGGAUUUCCCACUUGAUCGGGUGCUUGCGAAACGGCAUAUUGACAUGCUUACAGCUCAUGCAUGGUUGUUAGGAAGUAAAGAUCUUCAAGAGAAGGUCUCCAAAAUGAGCAUUCAAACCGGGGUCCCAUCUGAGUACACUAGCAUGACACUGGUGCGGACUGAUAAGGGAAAGAAAGCACUGGAAUUAACUCGGACACAAGAGGUCUACAUAAAGGUUAUUCAGCGGACCAAGUCAGAGUCAUGUAGACAGAAGGACAUAAUCCUUGGAAGCCUGGGUGUUGGCUUUGGUAACUUGGUUGCAACAGUGGAGAAUAAAGCACCCGAAAGCGAAGAACCAAAGCCUUCUGAUGUUGCAGAAGUGUUGGUUAAGGCUGCAUCCACCUGCUGUUGUAGAGUACUUGAUCGUAUCUGUUGCAUGUGCUUCAUUAGGACUUGUACCCACGUAAAUAACCAGUGCGCAAUCGUUCUCACACAGCUCUGCGCUGCCCUUUGCUGUUGUGAGUGCUUAAAUUGUUGCUUUGAACUAUUUUCUUGACGUAAUGGUAUAAAAUUACAGUGAGUGAAUGUGAAGUACAAUAAUCCUUAAGCUUCAUAUAUAUAUGUAUAUGAUCCUUAUGCCCUUAUGGUAUUGUUGGUUGAAAAUCUCUGUCAACUUCCCUGCAAUUAGCCCCUUUUUUCAAUGAAAGCCAGUGUCGAAGUGUUUUGGUUC